CGUAAUUGUACAUGGCAUCAUUUUGCUUUAAACCGCUCAACUGAGUACACGGAUUCUACAGCUGGUGCUACAAAAGCCUACAGGGCCUCCAAGUUAGACCAAUCAGCUUCUAAGCUGUCGUUGGACGCGAAAUGUUGUUUCGUUUACUACGUUGCAAACUUAGGGGUCAUAGGACGUUAUGCAUAUGGGUCGUGGCCCCAAUUUCGAUGUGCAGUUUAGGAAUGGCUUAAGCCUAAAUCCUGUAUCUAGCCAUGACGACUAUGUCUCCACAAGAACCUCAGCAGCCUAGCACUCGUCGUGGCGGCAUCCUAAAGAGCGGAUUCACAAGUCUGGGCGCUCGGACGGCCUCGGUGAAUGACCUCCGGGUUCAAGGUGCUGCGGCAUGUAUCCUCCAGCUUGUAGUGACCAUUGCUUGCCCCAUCGUCUGGUACAUCCUGGUGACGGGCAAGGACAGCCGGCUGCUGCCCGUGCCCAUCGUCAGCUGGGAGGUGACGGUGGCAGCGGCAAUCCUGGGCGUGGUUGGCUUCGUGUUCCCCCGCUCGCUGCUGCUGGGGCUGCACGCGGCCAUGGCAGUGGCGCUGGCGGCCGCGCUGGGCGCCUUCCACACGCAAGUGUACCUGCUGCUGGCGGACAGGUGUGACCGGCUGCCCGCCAGCUUCUCCGGCUGCUCCACCUGCCCCUGCGCGCAGCAGGCCGCCGGCAGCUGCUCGCGCGCGCAGCUGGACGCGGAGGACUGCUCCGGCUGCAAGGCCUGGCCCUCGGACGUGUGCUCGGGGGUCACCAAGAGCGGGCUGCCGUUCCUGGGUCUGAUCCAGCUUGUGUUCGUGGCCCUGCCGGCGCUGUUCUCGCUGAUGCUGCUGGUGCGGCUGGAGAAGGAGAGCACCGACCUGGCCAACCGCCUCAUGCACGCCAGGACAGUGAUCACCGGGCAGCUGGAGCGGCUGGAGGCGGGCCGCCCCGCCGACGUGGAGCCGGGGCUGCUGCGGCAGUUGCUGGCCACACUGGUGCAGCAGGGCGGGCCGCUGGACCGGGCGGUGGCGCGGUCGUGUGCCAUGAUGCUGGACGGGCAGGGGAGAGCAGGAGCGGGAGCGGGAGGAGGAGCGGGAGGGGGAGGGGGAGGAGGAGGAGCGGCUGGGGUGCGGGAUGUGGAGACGGGAGGCGCACCGGGAGCCAGCCCUGGAGUGAUGGACGGCCCCCGCUUCGCCCUGCCCUCCGCGGCCCUCAAGAAGGGAGACGGCGGCUCGCUCAAGCUCAAGUCCGCACUUCGGAAGACCUCCGCCUGGGACGCCCCCGCCCCCUCGGGGACUCCUGCGUACGGAGAGGAGGCCGACGAUGAGAAGGCGGGUGGUGGCGACGGCGGCGGCCUCAAGUCGAAUCCCGGUGCCGCUGCUGCGAUGGCAGCGCUGCGUCAGACGGGCGGGCCGCAGGUGGCUGGAGGAGGAGGGGCGGCUGGGGGCGGGACGGCUGUGGAGGCGGUAAAGGAGGCGCAAGCCCGGGAGACGCGUGAGAAGGCGAAUCUGUGGGCCGGUCUGGACUCCUCCUCCGAGUCCACCCCCCGGCAGAAGGACACGCAACGCGGCGGCGUCACGGACGCCUCGGUGUUCCUUGAGGACCCGGUGGUGCCGGCAGCCCUGCCUCUGGGAUCCCGCAUGCUGCCGCCGGGGGCAACGGAGGAGCUAGCAGUCACCAGCUUUGAUGAGGCGACGGACGGAGAGGGCGGCUGGACCAGUGGCCAGGAGCCGCAAACAAAGAAGAAGACAAAAAAGAAGAAAAAGAAAAAGUCCGCGUCUGGUGACGGAGACGGAGCAGCAGAGGAGGGCGCGGAGGAUGAGGACAAGCCCAAAAAACGGAAAAAGAAGAAGAAAGCAGCCAAGGAGGCUGAGGAGGCGGAGACUGAGGUGGCUGCGGUUGCGGAAGGUGGAGAGAGUGGAGCAGAGGAAAAUGGCGGUGUUGCGGCUGUUGAUGUCAAGAAGAAGAAGAAAAAGAAGAAGAAGUUGCUGGGCGCUUCGGAGGGGGAGACGACUG